UAAUGUUUGGAAACAGACGGGUGCAUGAGUGUGUCCCAGUGUGUGUGUGUGUGUCAGUGACAGAUAAAAACACAGAGCCCUGCCUCUCUGACAGAUCACAGCCAAACAGACUUGUGGCACGGAGCGGCUUUCACCUGGAGGAUCCAUCCCAGACAUGAAGCUGUGUCUUUGGCCUGGAGCCGUCCUGCAUGUCCUGCUUCUACUGGCAGCACUGAGUGUGGAAGCGGAGCAGCUGGGAUCCAGAGAGAGACACUACUAUAUCGCUGCUGUAGAGAUAGACUGGAACUAUUCUGGCAAUGACACCAACAGAAGAGAUUCCACCUACAAGAAAGUGGUUUUUAGAGAAUAUGAGAAAGACUUCCGGCAGGCUAAAGCUCAUCCCUCCUGGUUAGGUCUGCUGGGCCCCACGCUGAGGGCCGAGGUGGGCGAGACCAUCGUGGUCACUUUCAGAAACAUGGCAAACGGAGCGUACAGCAUCCACCCACACGGGGUGACUUACGGGAAGCGGUCAGAGGGAGCUAACUACUUUGACAACACGUCACAGAGAGAGAAAGAGGACGACAUCGUGCAACCUAACAGGGAACAUGUUUACUACUGGGAGGUGACUCAGGAAGUGUCCCCGCUGCCCGAUGAUCCCAACUGUCUCACCUACACCUACAUCUCCCACCGAAACGUGGUGCAGGACUACAACUCUGGCCUUAUUGGUGCCUUGCUCAUCUGUAAACCUGGCACCUUGGAUGAGCUGGGGGAGCAGGCUGGCCUUCACAGGGAGUUUGUUCUUCUCUUUGGAGUCUUUGAUGAGAAAGAAAGUUUGUUCAGCCCAAACGGACAUUCUCCAGAUGACCACGUCAAAUACACCAUCAACGGAUACACAGAGGGAGCCUUACCUGGUCAAGACUUCAAGCUCCAGAACAUCAGACAUUCAGCAAACUGUAUUGGAGAAAAGUACAAGAAGGUGGUGUACACGCUCUACAAAAAUGAAUCAUUCACUGAAAAGUCAGAAAAUAAGCAACGGAGGACUGAGCUGGGCAUCCUGGGUCCGGUUAUCAGAGCGCAGAUCAGAGAUGUGAUCACGAUUGUUUUUAAGAAUUUGGCCUCAAGGCCUUAUAGUAUCUACCCACAUGGCCUGACUGUGGAAAAGUCAGAGGAGGGAGUGAACUAUCCAGAGGGAGGAAACCAAUCUCACGCCGUUCAGCCUGGUGAAACACGCACCUACGUGUGGAAAGUACUCGAGGAGAAUGAACCGUUGGAAGCCGAUCCUCGAUGUCUGACACGGAUGUACCACAGUGCUGUGGACGCACCGCGGGACAUCUCAUCAGGACUGAUAGGACCCAUCCUUAUCUGCAAGAGUCAGUCUCUGGAUGUCAGGAAUGUACAGCUGAGAGCAGACAAGGAACAGCACGCUGUGUUUUCCGUGUUUGAUGAAAACAAGAGCUGGUAUCUGGAAGACAACAUUCAGCAUUAUUGCGAUCGAUCCAAAGUCAACAAAGCCGACCCAGACUUUUACAAGUCCAACGUUAUGCACACAAUAAAUGGUUAUGCCUUUAAGAGUGGCCCUGUUUUGGGCUUUUGCAAUGGCGAGGUGGCAACAUGGCAUGUGUCUAGCAUUGGAGCACAGGACAGCAUUCAGACGGCCACUUUCUAUGGCCAUCCUUUCGAGCUGAAUCAAAGGACAGAGGACUUUCUCAGCCUCUAUCCAAUGACUGGUGAGACCAUCAAAAUUACAAUGGACAACAUAGGUGUCUGGCUUUUGGCUUCAUUGAAUGAGCAAGAAAUAACAAAAGGAAUGGGUGUGAAGUUUCAAGAUGUUGAAUGCUAUCGGGAUCUUGAAUAUGAUUUUCCAGACAAAGAUGCAGACUUCGAUAAUGCAUUUAAUGGAUGGAAGCUUCCCAGUUAUGAUGAAAUUAAAAAGGAGGAAAAAUCUAAACCUCAACCUAUGAAACCACUGGAGAUAGAUCCCAUGACAGAAAUGUUUGCAGAGGAGUUGGGCCUGCGCUCGCUGAGGAACCAGUCCGGUAACUCGGAUGUGGAGAUAUUAGAUUUAAGCUUUUUGGACUAUGAUGCAGUUGAUGUUCCUCCUGUGAACAAGCAUACUAUUACAGAUCUGAAGGCAAAAAAUAAUGAAACUGAAUCCUUUUCAAAUCAGAGCGCAAUAAAUCAUACCAAACCAAAAGAGGUAGAUGAUCAAAAUAUUGCAGAACCGUACUUGCAGAACAACAGCAUCAGUACGAAUACAACACAUGCCAAGCAAAAUUUGACUCAAUCAUUCACCGACUACAGCUCAACUGUUUCAUUUCACCAAGGUGUUUUACAGAGCAACAAAAGCACAGCAUCAACAAACAACACUUUCCCUGUAGUUCGACCCAAUCCCAAUAAUAACUCUGCUAAGGAUACUGUCAUAAUGAACUCAACAGUUCUUAAUGCUUCAGGUUCAGCAGUUCUCAAGGACCCAAAAAUUCUAACAGUGGUAACACAAUCUUCAGACAAUCAAUCCACAAUGGUACUAGAGGCUACCAAUAAAACUAUACAAACACAAGACAAUAGUGAACUUACGAAAAUAUUGUCAGGAAAUUUAACUUCAAAGGGUAAAACAAUAGAAUCAAAUCAUGCUGCCAAUAGCAACACGUCUUUGGACAUAUUCCUGCCUAAAGAGUCUGAGGAACAACUCCUCCGGGGUGAUGUGUUCUUCUACAGUGGACCUGUGUCUGAUACCAGCAUUGACCCAACCAGCCAUCCCUCUAAUGCCAACCCAACCGUCAGUCCCUCUGAUGCUGAACCAACCAUCAGUCCCUCUAAUGCCGACCCAACCGACCAUCCUACUAAUGCCGACCCAACCGUCAGUCCCUCUAAUGCCGACCCAACCGUCAGUCCCUCUAAUGCUGACCCAACCGUCAGUCCCUCUAAUGCCGACCCAACCGUCAGUCCCUCUAAUGCUGACCCAACCACCAGUCCCUCUAAUGCCGACCCAACCGGCAGUCUCUCUAAUGCCAACCUAAACAAAAGUCUCUCUAACAUCACUAUACCACAGAAUUUGACAAGUGUGGAUGACCAUAACACAACGACAAAUAAUAGAAAUGCAACAGCUGUUGAAACAAACCAAUCAUUGUCCCGCCAAGUAAUAGAGGCUUCCACGAAAAAAUACUUUGAUAAUAAGGAGCCUCGAACGACCCCACCGCCCAAAAAAUACAAAAAACUGAAUCUCAGAAAAAUACCCAAUAAAGGCGAAGGCAUGAAAACAAGGAGGAGGAAGGAAUACAAACCUCAGGCCAGAAGUGGUUUACCUUUUUCCCCCCGAGGAUUUCAUCCAGGGCUGAGCCCCAGAGGGGCACGGCCCAAUGUACCACAGCCUGUUACAAAUGAGGAGCUAUUGAUUAACACGCCUGUGGUUAUUGGUGUACCGCGACCUGAUUUCAGUGACUAUCAGCUCUAUGUUCCUGGAGAUGAACCAGAUCACCUUGAGAUUGAUGAACAAGAUGUAACAGAAAACGAGUACGAGUAUGUGAUGUAUAAAGACCCCUACAGUAGUCAAGAGGACUUCACGAAUCUAAACUUGGAUGAAACUACUAAAUAUUACUCAAAAUUAUCAGGUCCUGAGGUUAGGACAUAUUUCAUUGCUGCAGAGGAGGUCAAAUGGGACUAUGCUGGCUACGGAAAAAGGAGGAGAGAAAAGUCCAGAGAAGACGAACGAGAGACCAAAUUCACCAAGGUGGUUUUCCGAGGUUACCUGGAUAGUAGCUUCACCACUCUAGACCGCCGCGGGGAGAUGAAUGAACAUCUGGGCAUCCUUGGGCCCAUUAUCAAGGCAGAGGUUGGACAAAGCAUUAUGGUAGUGUUUAAAAAUAAGGCAGACCGGCCUUACUCUUUGCACCCUAAUGGGGUUUCUUAUACGAAGCAGUUUGAGGGUCUGUCCUAUGAGGACGGCUCCAAGCACUGGUAUAAAUAUGACAACGAGGUGCAGCCCAAUGCGACCUACACGUACAUAUGGAAAACCAGCGAUAUGGUUGGGCCGGCACCUAACGAGUCUGACUGUCGGACCUGGGCGUACUACUCCGGUGUUAAUCCUGAGAGGGAUAUCCACUCUGGCCUCAUUGGUCCUUUGCUGGUGUGUCGAAAAGGCACUCUAAACAAAACGCCCCUAAACACCCGGGAGUUUGUGCUGCUUUUCAUGACCUUCGAUGAGUCUCAGAGCUGGUACUACGAAAGGAACCGGGAAGUAAUGCUGCGGAAGAAACUAAGAAGAGUAUACUACAGCAAGGAGAAACUCAAGUUCCACUCUAUCAAUGGCAUAAUAUAUAGUCUAAAGGGCCUGAGGAUGUACACCAACCAGCUUGUCAAAUGGCACCUCAUCAACAUGGGUUCCCCUAAAGAUGUCCACAGCGUUUACUUCCACGGGCAGACGUUUACGCAUGUGAAGAGCAGGAGCUCCAGACAGGCUGUGUUCCCCCUGCUGCCCGGGAGCUUUGACACUCUGGAGAUGUAUCCAUCCAAACCUGGUUUGUGGCAGCUGGAGACGGAAGUCAGCUUAUACCAGAAGGAGGGCAUGCAGACGCUCUUUCUGGUUCUAGAUAACGACUGUUGCCAUCCUCUGGGUCUUGAGUCGGGCAGCGUGAAGGAUGACCGGAUCUCAGCAAGCGACACAAGAGGACCCUGGGAACCCCAUCUUGCCAGACUUAAUAACCAAGGGAAGUACAAUGCAUGGAGCACAGAGAAGAAGGGCAACUGGAUUCAGGUGGACUUCGACAGGCCAGUGGUGAUCAGCCAGGUCGCCACACAAGGAGCCAGGGAGUUUUUUCAGUCCCAGUAUGCCACAAAUUUCUCCAUCUCAUACAGCAAUGACGGCCAGAAAUGGUUCUUUUACAAAGGCGACAGCAGAGAUUUCUGCAAGACAUUUCAAGGAAACAAUGACGCCUACGGGAUAAAGAAAAACACCUUCUUUCCUCCUCUGGUCGGACGGUACAUUAGGCUCCACCCUAUCACCUGGGACAACGCAGCAACAAUACGCAUGGAGUUCUAUGGUUGUGAGCUUGAUGGUUGCUCAGUUCCUUUGGGGUUGGAGAGUGGAUUGAUAGAAGAUAGUCGCAUCACAGCCAGCUCCGAGGCAUCCAGCUGGUUCAACGGAGACUGGAAAGCCUCUCUUGCUCGCCUCAACAAACAGGGUGCCGUUAAUGCAUGGAGAGCUAAGGAAAAUGACAUGAACCAGUGGCUCCAAGUGGAACUGCCCAACGUGAAGAAGAUCACAGGCAUCGUAACUCAGGGAGCCAAGUCGAUAGGAAAGGAGAUGUACGUCAUGAAGUAUGCUCUGCAGUACAGCGACAACGGGAUACACUGGACCUACUACACAGAUAUUCGUGAUCUAACUGUAAAGGUGUUUGAUGGAAACACAAACAACGAUGAUCACGUGAAGAACUACAUCUAUCCUCCCAUCUUCUCUCGAUUCAUUCGAAUUGUCCCUAAAAGAUGGUGGAACUCCAUCACCAUGAGAGUUGAGAUUCUAGGCUGCGACUUUGAGUGAUUCUUAAAGGUUUUUAAUGAACUACUUCCCAGAAAUAUUAAUCUUAAUGCAAUAAAACUUUUUAGAAUGGAGGUAAAGAUAUUCAGAGUCCUGCAACGUUAACACACCAUUAAGGUUAUCAUUCUGUCUGGUUACGACCACAAACUUUAUCGUAAUUUGUUUGGAUGUCUUAAGAUGUUCAAAGUACCUCGUUUCUUGUAAUUAAAGUUCUGAGUUUUUAGUUGAGCCAUAUCUCUACAAACUUCUGUUGUGCUGGUGAAGAUUCUCAGUCAUUCAGGUCAGAGUCAUUACAAAAAA